ACUGCAGCUCAGCUGAACUCAGAACUCCUGACAAAAUGUCUUACAACUGUGGCUCUGGAAGAUUCUCCUCCCAAUCUCUUGGACAUUACCUGAGGUACCCAGUUUCCCAGUAUAACUCCUUCUACCCCAGUGAUGUAGCCUGCUCUCCAGGAACCUACCAGCUGGGUUCCUCUUUCUAUGGUGGCCAUCAGGAGUCUUACUCUGAGCCCAUCAGCUAUGAAACAUCCUGCCCUGGAACCAGAUCCUACCAGACAUCGAGUUAUUGCCCAAAGAACUUCAUUUUCUCCAGUCCCUGCCAAGCGAAUUACUCUGGAUCUCUUGGAUGUGGUAGCUCCGGCCAUGGAUCUUUUGGAUAUGGAAGCACUGGGUUCCAGUCUGUGGGAUGUGGGUCCAGCUUCCACCGUCCAGCUUACUUCCCUUCCAGGAGCUGCCAGUCAACUUGUUUCCGCCCCGCCAUUGGCUCUCACUAUUUUGGAUCAUCCUACUGAAUAUUCCUGAUUCUCUCAUGAUUAUUUCUGCACUUUAUGGAACUUUAACUUUCCACUUGUCCCAUACCUGUGAUUGCUGACCAUUUUCACCACUAGGAUUCACCGUUACAGUCUCCUGGAAGUGAAUAAUUUACUGUGGACUAAGUGGUUUGGGUCUAUGAUCUUUCUUAAAUUUGACAUGGGAUUGAUCUUGAAUUUUAAUUUUCAUGCCAAUGCUUAGAAUCAAUUCUGUUGUCAUCUUUCUGAAAUUCUUCUCUCGUUUAUUUUCCCUUCGUACAGUGAUUCUUCAUUAGGCUAUUUUAUUUAAAAUUUAAAAAAUUCUCUAACAUGAA